CAGUGGUUUCAGUGCUGAAGAGGCUGAAGGAGCAGACUGUGCAACCAAAGAGGAUUGACAAGGGCAAGGAGGGCGGCUUGGGAUGCUGGAUAAACUGUAGAUUGGAUCCUACUGGACAAGGGCAGCCAUUAAGGGUUUGAAAGCUGAGGGGGUGUGGGGUGGUGACAUGGCAAAUAUUUGUAAUUUUUAAAGCCCUGCUGGAGAGUGGAGGCUGGAGAGUCAAGGGAGAUGUCUGCAAAGGCCCAAGCCAGAGAUGACUAUGGCCUGCCCUGGGUCCAAGCAACGGUGAUGGGAUGGACCACAGAAGGAUUGAGGAGGCAGAUGGACUGGAGGUGGAGGAGGGGUGAGGGGGCAUGAGAUGAGAUGAUACCCCAGCUUCAGGGGCAACCCAGGGAAGGAGCAGUUUGAAGGGGGAGAUAAUGGCUUUGGCCAAGACAAACUACGUGCCCCCUGCCUCAGAGCCAGAGCUGGAAGGGGGGCAGCAGCUGAUGAGAAGGGUGCAGUUGGCUUCCUGGGCAAGGUAAAUUCAGAGACACCAGUGCCUAGUGACUGUUAUUCAGCCCCAGGUAAUAGCCAGUAGCCCCUGGGACUAUACUGGUCACCAAGGAUGCAGACAUCCUUGGUGGGAUAUGGAGGAGGAUAACCAGAUAGGGUGGGUGUGUACAUCACACCUGAACUGCACCAGAAUCAGAGGUGAUUGGCCAAGGGCAGACCCAGAAUGACAGUUGUGGGGAGGAAGGGGGAGGAGAACAUUCCAACAUCCUGUGCUCCCUGUGUUCCCUACAUAUGUUCUCUUUUAUGCUCAAAGCAGUCCUGUGAGGACACCCAGAGAGGGACUGGAACUUGCAAGUUGGUUAGAGUCAGGAUUUGAACUUCACUUUGUUGGACGCAAGAGCCCGUGUUGCCUCAAAUAGAGUUGUGAGGACACAAAAAGCAGAGGUAUUCCCAGCAUGCAUUUCUGGUUCAGCAUGAGGAAGAACUGCUUGUCAUGGAAUGUACUGCCUUGUCAGUAGUGAGCGCCCUGCCACCAGAGGUAUUCAAAGCUGGUCACGAAAAUGUCAGUAAUGCUAUAAGAAGUGUGGGUCAGAUCAGAUAACAUCCAGAUGCUGAGGUUUGGCCUUGUAUUGUAUUUCAUAUAUAUAUAUUUUUUUUGUUCUCCAGCAAUAAAUUCAUUUAUUCAGCAAAAAAAUAAAUGAUGUGUGCUGAGAGUGAGCAGAAGAUCUGUCUCCGUUCUCUGCUUUCCUCCAAGGAAAGAAUCCCCAAACUGCCCUUUCUGUGAACUUGUGCCAAGGUCUCAGCAGGACUGGAGGAGAGCAGGAAGCCCAGCCCUGCCCCCCUGCACAACCUACUGUGAAGAAGCUUUGGGCUCUGGCAACAGCAAAGCUGCUUCCAGUCUCUGCCUUGCUGCUGUGUGGUGGUGGUGGGGGGGGGGGGGGAGGUUGUACAAGACUUCUAACCACUUCCUGUCUCAGUUUCUUCAUCUGCAAAAUAGGGGAAUAGUACCAACAAAGGUUCAUGCAUAGCAGGGGUUCUUCUCCCUCCUUUUCAGGAAGGCAGUUGGUGGCAAGCCCAGCCUGGGUCCUUGUGAGCAGCAGGAAGGAUAUGCAGCUGCUGUUGGCCCUGUUGGGGGUCCUGCUGGAGGUGCCUGGGGCUCCAGCUUUGUCCCUUGAGACCUCUGAGGAAAUGGAGCUAGAGCCCUGCCUGGCCCCCAGCCCAGAGCAGCAAGAGCAGGAGCUGACCGUGGCCCUUGGGCAGCCUGUGCGGUUAUGCUGUGGGCGGGCUGAGCGUGGUGGCCACUGGUACAAGGAGGGCAGUCGCCUAGCACCUGCUGGCCGGGUACGAGGCUGGAGGGGCCGCUUGGAGAUCGCCAGCUUCCUACCGGAGGAUGCUGGCUGCUACCUCUGCCUGGCACGAGGCUCCAUGCUUGUCCUGCACAAUGUUACCUUGGUUGUGGAUGACUCCUUGACCUCCAGCAAUGGUAAUAAGGACCCUAAGGCCCAUGGGAACCCCUCGAACGGGCACAUUUACCCCCAGCAAGCACCCUACUGGACACACCCUCAGCGCAUGGAGAAGAAACUGCAUGCAGUGCCUGCUGGGAACACUGUAAAGUUCCGCUGUCCAGCUGCAGGCAACCCCAUGCCCACCAUCCGCUGGCUCAAGGAUGGAAAGGAUUUCCACGGGGAGCAUCGCAUUGGAGGCAUUCGGCUGCGCCACCAGCACUGGAGCCUGGUGAUGGAAAGUGUGGUGCCCUCGGACCGUGGCACAUACACUUGCCUCGUGGAGAACUCUAUGGGCAGCAUCCGCUACAGCUAUCUGCUGGAUGUGCUGGAGCGGUCCCCGCACCGGCCCAUCCUGCAGGCGGGGCUCCCAGCCAACACCACAGCUGUGGUAGGCAGCGACGUAGAGCUGCUCUGCAAGGUAUACAGCGACGCCCAACCCCACAUCCAGUGGCUGAAGCACAUCGUCAUCAAUGGCAGCAGUUUCGGUGCCGACGGCUUCCCCUACGUGCAAGUCCUGAAGACAGCAGACAUCAAUAGCUCAGAGGUGGAGGUCCUAUACCUUCGGAACGUGUCAGCCGAGGACGCAGGCGAAUACACCUGCCUGGCAGGCAACUCCAUUGGCCUCUCCUACCAGUCAGCCUGGCUCACGGUGCUGCCAGAGGAGGACCUCACAUGGACAGCACCAGCACCUGAAGCCAGGUUCACGGACAUCAUCCUGUACGUGUCAGGCUCUCUGGCAUUGGUUGUCCUCCUGCUGCUGGCCGGGCUAUAUCGAGGGCAGAUACUCAUCAGCCGGCACCCUAGGCGGCCCGCCACUGUGCAGAAGCUGUCCCGCUUCCCUCUGGCCCGACAGUUCUCCCUGGAGUCAGGUUCUUCAGCCAAGUCAAGCUCGUCCUUGGUGCGGGGUGUUCGUCUCUCCUCCAGUGGCCCUCCCUUGCUCGCUGGCCUUGUGAGUCUAGACCUACCUCUCGACCCGCUGUGGGAGUUCCCCCGGGACAGGUUGGUGCUUGGGAAGCCCCUGGGUGAGGGCUGCUUCGGGCAGGUGGUGCGUGCAGAGGCCUUCGGCAUGGACCCUGCCCGGCCUGACCAAGCCAGCACUGUGGCUGUCAAGAUGCUCAAGGACAAUGCCUCCGACAAGGACUUGGCAGACCUGGUCUCUGAGAUGGAGGUGAUGAAGCUGAUCGGCCGACAUAAGAACAUUAUCAACCUGUUGGGUGUCUGUACUCAGGAAGGGCCUCUGUAUGUGAUUGUGGAGUGUGCCGCCAAGGGAAACCUGCGGGAGUUCCUGCGGGCCCGGCGUCCCCCAGGCCCCGACCUCAGCCCUGAUGGGCCAAGGAGCAGCGAAGGGCCGCUUUCCUUCCCUGCUCUGGUUUCCUGUGCCUACCAGGUGGCCAGAGGCAUGCAGUAUCUGGAGUCAAGGAAGUGCAUCCACCGGGACCUGGCUGCCCGAAACGUACUGGUGACAGAGGACAAUGUGAUGAAGAUAGCAGACUUUGGGCUGGCCCGUGGCGUCCACCACAUUGACUACUACAAGAAAACCAGCAACGGCCGCCUGCCUGUAAAGUGGAUGGCACCCGAGGCCUUGUUUGACCGAGUCUAUACACACCAGAGUGACGUGUGGUCGUUUGGGAUCCUGCUGUGGGAGAUCUUCACUCUCGGGGGUUCCCCAUACCCCGGCAUCCCUGUGGAGGAGCUGUUCUCACUUCUGCGGGAAGGGCAUCGGAUGGACCGGCCCCCAAACUGUCCCCCAGAGCUGUAUGGGCUGAUGCGUGAAUGCUGGCACGCAGCACCUUCUCAGAGGCCUACUUUCAAGCAGCUGGUGGAGGCACUGGACAAGGUCCUGCUGGCCGUCUCCGAGGAGUACCUGGACCUCCGCCUGACCUUUGGACCCUACUCCCCUGCUGGAGGGGAUGCCAGCAGCACCUGCUCCUCCAACGACUCUGUCUUCUGCCAUGACCCCCUGCCACUGGGGCCCAGCUCCUUCUCCUUCCCUGGACUGCAGACAUGAGCAGGGCCACAAGGUUGUUAUAGGCAGGCAGGCCAGCAGCCUUCAGCCUCCUGGUUUAGCGGCAACCUGGCAGUGCUUGACCUUGGCAGCCUCAGGCCCCAACCUUAGGGUAGUGUCUCAGAUCUCUAGUUCUGCCUUGGGGAGGUCUGUCCUUGUUCCGGGGGCCCCUCAAUGAGGCUUCCAGCUCUGGCCUCAGAUUCCCAAACCAGACUUCAACCCCAGUCUUUGGAGUCAUGACCCAGGUGUCCUAGUGGCCUGAGUGUUAGGGUUCUGCCUGGCCUCCUGGCCCUUAGCACUUAGUCCAGGGGUUUGGCUGGACCUGGCUAUAGAGCUGUCCUAAACCUCCCUGCUUCCCUGCACCAAGAGAGGUCUUGGGCCUCCGAACCCCAUUUCCCCAGGCCUCCCCUGCCUCUCCUUUGCUGUUUGUCCCAGCAUCUUGGUGGCAAGAGCAUUGGCCCCUGUGUUCCCAGCUGAGUGGCUGGAAGCCUGCCGAAAACACAGAAGCAAAUGGCCUUUUAUAAAUUAUUUUUUGAAAUAAA